AGCGGAACGGCGAAAAAUUGAUGAUGCAUCGAGAUUUGGUCUGUUGGUCUUUGGUCUAUUCGAGGAGGCGACGCUUUUGUCGCUAUAAAAAGGUGCAAGCCAGCCGUUCGCGUCCGCAGCAACUGAGCUCGCUCGCUCAGGUUCAGCUCAGCUAGUCAGCUCAUUCGAAGAGCAAAGGUUCGAUCGAGUUCGGCCAUGGCGACGCGAUGGCAGCGCUGCGCGCAGCAGCUCUCGUCGCACCCGUACCACUCCGCGAUAUCGUCCUCGCCGUCCUUCUCUCUCGGCGACCACCACCACGACGACGACGACGACGACGGUGAUCACGCCGCCGGCAACAGCGUUGCGCUUGCGCCGCACGACAACCUUGGCGCGCUGGCCUCGCCGCGGGUGGCCGGCGAUCUGCCCCCGGGCGCGGUCUCGGCGUCCGACCGCUUCUUCGUCUCGCCGGCGCCCACGGCCUCCCUCGUCGUCGACGACGCGGCCGCGGGCGAGGUCCACACCCUGCGGGGGGCGGCGGUGCUGGUAGAGACGUACUCGAGCGACCCCAGGGCGGAGUUCCUGGAGUCCAUGGCCGACAUGGCGGCGGCGUGCGGCGCCGAGGGGAUGCCGGAGCCGGAGUACCGGGAGUUCAUGGAGGAGCUCCUGUCCUGCUACCUGGACCGCAACGACCGCGGCGUCCACCGCCACGUCCUCGCCGCCUUCGCCGACCUCACCGCGCGCCGGUGGCCGCACAAGCGGAGGCGGCCCAUCCUGGGACUGAUGAAGAUGAAUCCGUGUGUUUCCUCCGGCAGAUGGUAAACGAUCGGAUUCGGAUAGUUCGUCGAGAUCCAGCUGUAGAGAUUUAUUUACUUUGUCGCAGGUAUAAAAUCAAAUUUUAAUUACUAGUUCAUUGAGAACUAGAAAGAGGUGUGUACCCUGGCUAAUAUAUAGCAAGUUGAAGUGCCGUGUUAAAGAUA